UCCCCGGAUGCAAUGCAAAAGCCGAGCCGAAAAAGAAGCAGCCGAUGAAAGACGAUUUGAUAGGCCUAUGUGUUGCGGUGUGGUUACAACUAUAACUUCAUAAACAGUUCGGAUAUGCUGUCUGAAAUUUUUAUCGUAUCUAGUCACAAUACUGUGCUUGCAGCUAAAACAUACCGAUUUGAUUGUGAAGGAACAUCAAAAGAUGUGUUUAUUCAGAAACUGCGAGAGGUCAGAUCCAGUCAGCUUCCUCCUCAUUUUAAAGAUAAUGGAACUACAUUUUACUAUGUGAAAAGGAAUGGUGUGUACUUUGUAGCCACCUCUCAGGCAGAUGUGUCCCCUGUCUUUGUUAUUGAGAUUCUAAGCAGAAUCUAUCAGACAUGUAAAGACUUUUGUGGAGUUGUCAACGAAGAAUCUGUGCGGAUGAAUAGCCUCCUUGUUUUUGAAGUACUGGAUGAAAUAUUAGAUUAUGGCUAUGUUCAGUUGGCUACAACAGAAAAGUUACGGCCUUACAUCCAAUCAGACCCAGUUAUCAUCAAAUCAACUCGGGAACUAACCAGCGACCUUGGGUCACGAAUGUUUGGGAUUGAGACAAAAGUUACUGCUGGAUCAGCCUCUAGCAAGCCAUUGGUGUCCUCUGCUGAUCAGGAAAGCAAGAAGAAUGAAAUCUUUGUUGAUGUGAUAGAGAGAUUGACAGCUGUAAUCAACAGUGAUGGCACAGUUUCUCGCCUUGAGGCUAAUGGUAGCAUAAACAUGAAGAAUUUCCUUGUUGACAGCUCAGAAGUAAAGAUAGGCCUUAAUGAGGACCUGGAAAUCCGGACAGGCGCACUAAAAGCUUAUGGUGACCAAGUACAACUUGACCACUGUACUUUUCACCAGAAAGUGAGACUGGAGGAGUUUGAGAAGUCAAAAGUAUUGAAAAUACAUCCAUCUGUGGGAGAGCUUUCCUUGAUGACAUACAGUGUUUCUGGGGAAGGUGCCCUCAGUCCACCAUUUAGGAUUCUACCUUUUGUGGACCACACAGAAAACAGUCGAGACAUGUCCUUGACCCUGCGAUUGAAGAGUGAAUCACCAGUAAACACUCAGGCAGUCAAUAUCUGUGUUCGUAUCCCAGUACCUCACAACACCACCAGUAUAUCACAACACCUAGAAGGUCCAGGGCAGAUGGCAGAACUGAGACAAAAGGUGAAUGACAAGAAGAUUGUAUGGAAGAUAAAGAAACUUCCUGGGCAGACCGAAGUAACGGCUCAAUUUAGGGUGAUCAAUCAAGGCAAUGGGAAACUGAACAAACAAGAAUUAGGGCCAAUGGUUGUGGAGUUUGAGAUAUCUAAAUAUACAUGUUCUGGACUAAAAGUUAGGUUCCUACAAAUACCUGUUCAGGACCCUGCUAACACUCCUCAUCGCUGGAUCAGAUCUAUGACUGUCAGUGACUCCUACCUCGUCAAAAUAUGAAUUUAAUGAAAUUGGAGCUGUACAUUGUUAUUUGUAAUAGUCGUUGUUUUUUUAAAAGAAUGGCAUGUUGUUAAAAUGAAAAGUUGUCCACCUUUUUCUGGUCAGCUAGACUAUCAGAAAAUACCCGACUGAUAUCAAACAUUAUAAGGCAUCCCCUCAAAUGAAGGAAACAACACUAUUAUAUUAUUUAUUGUAAGUAUACGUUGUAUUUUGAUUUUACAUGCAACAUUUCAGUGACAACCUUCGCCAGACAAAAGAUCAGUUAAGAAUGUGUGGAGUUUUAUUACCUAUAUUAUAUGUGUAUUAAGGUUUAUUACAAAUUUUGUAUUUUAGCGACUACAGUAAUAAAAGUCUGAUUUAAGCCUUUAGGUCUCUUGCAUUAUCAGAAUAAAAUUUUAACUAUCUCCUAUUCUAUAAAAUUUCUACCAAAAGAAAUCUCUGUUGACAUUCCAUGUUUUACUUUCAGGUUUGCUUUUCAAAUAUCAUGGCAUGUUUUUUCUAAAAUGCAUCUUCACAACAUUUGAGUGAUUGAGAAUGAAUUUGCAACCAAUUAUCUUAUUGUUACAAUGAACAGCCUAUUUUUACAGUUGUAAUCUGUUUUUCAUAACUCAAUAAAUUAUCAUUCAUUCCCUUCCCAUAGUUACUAAAAUGUCUUCAAAAAAUCUUUAUUGUAUGCCCUUAAUAAAUUAUAAUCACGCAACUUUUAAAAUGUUUCAGCUUCUAAAAGCUCAUACAAAAACAAGUCUCUUAAAUGUCGGCAGGAUCAUUUUCAAACCUGGACCCAGGGGUUGCUGCUCUUCUUUCAUACCUUGAUGAAAUCUCUUAAAUGGUUUUCCCAAAAUGUUCUAGGGAUAAUGCUCAGCAGAAUUUCACAAGUUAGACUUUUAAAUACAUGUAUACAUUUUUUUUUAAAUCAAUUGUUUUUCAUGUGGAAGUAUGUAUUUCUUGUGGAAAUAGUGCAAUAAAUUAUUCAACAAAC